UAUCAUACCAUAGGACUACCCCCACCCCCUCUCUCGCCCCGACUCCCAUCUGUCACCCUAAUCUCUCGCCCCUCUCUCGCCGCCCCGCGAGUCCCCACGCCGCUGCCGCCCCGUCGGUUGUCGAACGCCGCCCCGUCGCCGUCGCCGUCGCCGUCGCGAACCUCCGCUCCGGUUCCGUCUCCGCCUCCACGCCUGCUCCGUCCCCGACGUCACACCGUAUCCUGCCUCUCCCUCUUCUACCUCAACCGCGGGGAGCGCCUCCCUCGCCGACCUCCACUGCCCCUCUGCUACAUCGCCCGCCUAUAGCGAGAAGGACCUGUUCGUUGGGUACUGCCAUCGAUGGAGAGCAGUGAACCACUCCAGGAUAUAAUGUGUGAGUUCCGUGCUGGUAAGAUGUCUCUUGAGGGAACACGGGUGGUCCCAGACACACGCAAGGGGCUUGUUCGUAUUGGAAAGGGUGAAGAAGGCUUGGUUCAUUUUCAGUGGCUUGACCGUGGACAAAACAUAGUUGAAGAUGAUCAAAUUGUCUUCCCUGAUGAGGCUGUCUUUGAGAAGGUAGCAGAAUCUUCUGGAAGGGUGUACAUCUUGAAGUUCAGGCAUGAUAGCAGGAAAUUCUUCCUAUGGAUGCAGGAGACAAAUGCUGAUGGGGACUCGCAGAUAUGCCGCCAAGUUAAUGCCUACAUAAAUCGGCCCUUGGAUGGCGAUGCAAUUUCUAUUGAAGCAGAAAUGUCACACGAAGAUACAGCUGAUGAUGACAUCUCUUCCAGAGCUGGGAAUUUAGUUGAUCAGAGCAUGACCGCUGAUAUGGCUGGUGAAGUGACUUCUGCCGCUGGACCUGUACGACUGGCUGACCUUCAGAGAAUAUUGAGCUCUAUACAGCCAUCUGAUGCUACGGCAGAUCCUGAUGCUGGAUUGAGACUAGGAGACAUCUUGAAGCCUGAUUUGAUAUUGCCACUAAUUGAAACUUUGCCCAUUGAACAGUUGGCAUCACAUCUUCCGGAGGGUUCUUGGACUGCUGGUGAUAUUCUUGAGCUGCUGCAAAGUCCUCCUUUGCGACAGCAACUGGAUGCUUUUACUCAUGUGCUGCAGACUGGCCAAAUAGAUCUUGCUCAAUUUGGAGUGGACCCUAGUAAAUAUAAAUUCACAGUUGCUUCGUUCCUGGAGGCAUUGGAAGACUCCGUGGCAAACGCUUGUACAGAUGGAGGCAAUGAUUCAAAGACCAAGAAAGAUGGUGGAAAUGAUCCCAUGGACGAGAGUUGAUUGCGGGGCGCACCUAGGGCUGUAGCCUUGAUGUGAGUUGCUCAUGCCGUCAUCUGCGGUGGAAAGUAUCAAUUUUUAAAUCUGAUGGCACGCAAAGCACAGGACGUUUUAUUUGGCACCCCCUCCGAAUCUAGAUACUAUUUUGGCUGUGAAUUUUAGAUGCUUUCAGUCGCUUCCAUAUUUACCAGUUGAUUCCGUGUCGUGACUUGAGUAUUCUAAAAAAUGCUUCCAUAGGUUUCGGUUGGUACAAUUGCGUGACAUGGAUAUAUUUUCAAAAAUGCUUCUGAGGUUCUAGCU